CAUUACUUCGCGGGCCAAGAUGCGUAACCACUCCCGUGCGCCUUUCCCCAGGCCAGUCCCGGGGCGCGCGCUGCCUACCCUCCCCCAGCUCAGCUCUAUCCCCGGGGCCUGCAGGACCCAGGGGAUCCACCCUCCCGCGAGCACGCACGCGCAGGGCCCACCUCUGCGAGUUCCAAACCCUCGGCCCUCGGGUCGCCUGCCCUGGGCCCGGCCCCGCCUCCGGGCCCGGCCCCGCCUCCAGGUCCGGCCCCGCCUUCGUGCCGGGGCCCGCGCACGCGCGCCUCCCCGGCCCAGCCUUGCUCCCGCCCCCGCCGGUCCCGCGGUCCCACGGCGCCUGGUUGCCCCCAGCCCCCUCCCUCCUCCCACCCUCACUGUGUCCCACCCUCCCUAGCUUUGUGCCCGGGGUGCUGAGCCCUUCCCCGUCAGCCGGGCCGCGGGAGGAGGGAGCCGCCACCGAGGAGCUGCCGCUCGCUGCCCCGGGCAGGGGCACAAGGUUCAUCCAGUGAAUACUAGAGGGAUCGAACAGAUGGAGUCUCGCUCUUGUCACCCAGGCUGGAGUGCAAUGAAACGAUCUUGGCUCACUGUAACCUCUGUCUCCCUGGUUCAAGCGAUUCUCUUGCCUCAGCCUUCCGAGUAGCUGGAACUACAGGCACGCACCACCACGCUCGGCUAAUUUUUGUAUUUUUAGUAGAGAUGGGGUUUCACCAUGUUGGCCAGGCUGGUCUCGAACUCCUGACCUCAGGUGAUCCGCCCGCCUCGGCCUCCCAAAGUGCUGAGAUUACAGGCGUGAGCUACUGCGUCCAGCCUUGACCUGGGUUUUGAAAGAAGAGUGGGAGAUGGCCAGAUAAACAAGAAAAAGGGAAGAGUAGGAAGGGGCAUUCCAGGUAGAGGCAAUAGAGGCAACCUCGAAUGCCAAAGUUCCCAGGCAACUGUUGCAACCAAGGCAAUGUCUUACUACCUCAGCUCAGAAAACCACCUGGACCCAGGGCCCAUCUACAUGCGAGAAAAUGGGCAGCUGCACAUGGUCAGUCUGGCUCUGGAUGGUGUCAGGAGUAGCCUGCAGAAGCCAAGGCCUUUCAGACUGUUCCCCAAAGGCUUUUCCGUGGAGCUUUGCAUGAACAGGGAAGACGACACUGCACAGAAAGAGAAGACUGAUCAUUUCAUCUUCACAUACACCCGGGAGGGGAAUCUUCGGUACUCCGCCAAAUCCCUCUUCAGCCUUGUCCUGGGUUUCAUCUCCGACAAUGUGGAUCACAUUGAUUCCCUUAUUGGCUUUCCUGAGCAGAUUGCCGAAAAGCUGUUCUCUGCUGCUGAAGCCAGACAGAAAUUCACUGAGCCAGGUGCAGGGCUGAGGGCUUUACAGAAAUUCACUGAGGCCUAUGGAAGUUUGGUGCUUUGCUCCCUGUGUUUGCGAAACAGGUAUCUGGUGAUUUCAGAAAAACUUGAGGAGAUUAAGUCUUUCCGGGAGCUGACCUGCCUGGAUCUUUCGUGUUGCAAGCUUGGAGAUGAGCAUGAACUUCUAGAACAUCUCACCAAUGAAGCCCUGUCUAGUGUAACUCAGCUCCACCUGAAGGAUAAUUGUUUAUCUGAUGCUGGGGUGCGGAAGAUGACAGCACCAGUUCGAGUGAUGAAAAGAGGCCUUGAGAAUCUAACAUUAUUAGACUUAUCAUGUAACCCUGAGAUCACAGAUGCAGGCAUUGGAUACCUCUUUUCUUUUAGGAAACUAAACUGCUUAGAUAUCUCUGGGACAGGGCUCAAGGACAUCAAAACCGUCAAGCACAAGCUCCAGACCCACAUAGGCCUUGUUCACUCCAAAGUGCCUUUGAAGGAAUUUGAUCAUAGUAACUGCAAGACAGAGGGCUGGGCUGACCAGAUCGUUCUGCAGUGGGAGCGUGUGACUGCGGAAGCUGUGAAGCCACGGGAAACCUCGGAGCCUAGAGCAGCAGCUCAGCGCUUCUAUGGGAAGCGGUCUCGAGCAGAAGCCCCACUGAAGUGUACCCUGGCAGACACCCACAUGAACUCUUCCGAGAAACUCCAGUUCUAUAAAGAGAAAACCCCAGAUUGCCAUGGGCCAGUGUUGAAACACGAAGCUAUCUCAAGCCAGGAGUCAAAGAAGAGCAAGAAGAGACCUUUUGAGGAGUCAGAGACAGAACAGAAUAACUCUUCACAACCUUCAAAGCAAAAAUAUGUAUGUCUUGCUGUGGAAGACUGGGACUUGUUAAAUUCCUAUUGAUUAGUAGAUACAAGUUGACCUUUCUCUGGCCCCCAGCUCUAGUGUUUGAGUAAAGGAGACUGAGGAUGAUUUACUUUUUGUUUGAAUUUACCUAUGGCAUUAGCAUAGUAAGCAGAUAUUUCUACUUUUGUGGUGUGGGAGGGGAAUGCUAUGGAAGUAUGUAAUAAUUUCUAAUGUAUAUUUUCAAUACAUAGUAAUUUUUUCAAAUAAACAUUUUUGCUGUCCUUAA